AGCGGCAGGCCCCGCGCGAGCUCAUCAUGCCGCCGGCCGCUCCACCACUCGUAUAAAAACACCCGGUUCUAAUAAAACCCAUCUCGAUAAACCGUCGGUUAUAAAAAAACCCCCUAAUCUACUGAUUAAUGGACAACUGUGAACUGACCACGUGAUAUACAUGUGCUCUUACUAUUACUACGUUGUGGAAUGUACAUUAUCGGGACGUUUGUGUGAGUGACCGCGUGCUAAAGGAAACUUCGAAAGAUGAAGCUGUGUACAUAUUUACUGCUGAGUUUCUUGGCAGUACGUGCAACCCCCGAGCUCCACAACCCCCCCGCCAUCACAGAGCCGCCCCACCACGUGGAGUUCACCAACGACACCGGCACCAUGCUGUCGUGUUCCACCCGGGGACAGUACCAGUUGGACUGGCUGUUCGCGGACAACAGCCCAGUGACGUCACUGGCAGGCUUCCGCCGAGUGCUCGCGAACGGCUCGCUCGAGUUCCCGCCCUUCGCCGCCGAACGGUACCGGAGGGACGUGCAUGCAGCCACCUAUAGGUGUAGACUGCGGCUAAGUAGCGGGUUCGCUAUACUGUCCAAGAACAUUCACAUACACGGUGUGUUAAACAUACCAUGGGAAGUGCACGUGCCGGACGAGUACGUGAUGGCCGGCAACGCGGCGCUGCUGCGGUGCGUGGUGCCGGCGCACUGCGCGGAGCGCGUCGACGACACCGACUGGUUCACGGACGACGACUCCAGUGUGUUCCAGUAUUUAGGGUCAAAAUACUCUCGUCUGGACGACGGUUCCCUGUACAUAACCGCCGUGAGUCCAGGAGAAAGGUUCACCGCCUUCCGGUGCCGUGUUAGAGACAGGAUCACUGGCUCUUUGUAUUCUAGUAAAUAUUUUGGUCAUAUAAUAGUGACGGAGCCAAAGGGCGGGGUGCGACCGCGCAUGGCGGAGGAAUCGCGCUCACGCCGCGUGCAGGUCGGCCAUGACGUGCGGCUGCCGUGCGUCGCGCACGCUUGGCCUGUGCCUGCUUAUAGGUGGUUCCGUGAACACCACGAGCUGUUAAUACCCCUAGAGAAGACAUCGCUGUGGCCGCGCGCGUCGGUGCUCGGCGGUCUGCUCAGCAUACACAAGCUGCAGCGUGAGGAUGCCGGCAGGUUCAUAUGCUGGCUCAACAACACCGCUGGGGGAGAGUCGGCGCAUUUCACCAUCAUUGUCACAGAACGAAUAUCCGUCCGAAUCAAACCAGAAAUAUUACGAACAAAAUUGAACGCGAACGUCAGUUUCGAUUGCAAGGUGUCAGGGCAUCCCAUCGAACUGGUUUACUGGAUACACGAUGGAAAAGUAAUGAAAAACUCCGACAGAGUCAAGAUGUCGGAAGACGGUCUGAGAUUACAUAUCAGAAACUCGCAGCAAAACGACCAGGGGAUAUAUCAGUGCUUCGCGAGUAACUCAAGAGAUCAGGCUUAUGGGACCGCGGAAUAUAUUAUAACAGUGUCAGAGAGCCGUGCGCGUAGUGUGGGCAACCGGUCCCGAAGGACGCCAUACGCGCGCAGCACACACACACACGACACUGACUGGAACUUCACCGGCACCAGGGAAUCGAAACCAGAACUAGUUUACUGGUUCUCAGAGCAGACACUGCAGCCGGGACCCAGUGUUUCACUGAAGUGUGUUGCUAUGGGGCAUCCACCUCCACAGUUCACAUGGUUGCUGGAUGGGUUCCCUAUUCCUACGAAUUCUAGAUUCGUCGUAGGCCAGCACGUCACACUUCAAGAUGACGUUGUCAGCCAUCUUAACAUCAGCCGAGUGACAGAACAAGAUGGCGGCGAAUACGCCUGUGUUGCCAGCAACUCCGCGGGCAGAGCACUUCACGCAGCAAGAGUCAACGUAUACGGACUUCCGUAUAUUCGAGAAAUGCCGAAAGUGACAGCAGUUGCAGGCAGCGAUUUGAACAUAAAGUGCCCGGUUGCUGGGUAUCCUAUCGAAUCAAUUACGUGGGAAAGAGAUGGUCAAACGUUGCCUCUAAACCGCAGACAAAAGAUGUUUCCAAACGGCACUCUAAUCGUAGAGCAGACCCAGAGGGGAGAAGACGCCGGCACAUACACGUGUCAGGCCGCCAACAGACAACGUCACAUCGCACGACGGGACGUUGAAGUACAAAUACUAGUGCAACCGAAGAUAUUGCCUAUUCAGCCGCUGACGAAUUUACUGAGGGAGGGUAUGAGAGCGGCUAUUUCCUGUCAGAUAUUGGAGGGCGAUUUGCCGAUUGCAUUCCGAUGGGAGAAAAAUGGCCAGCCGGUGACGUCGUCGCCGUAUGCACCGAGCGGUAUAAUAACUAGACGGAUGGACGAGUACAGUGCUUCCCUAGUGAUAGAACAUAUCACAUCCCUACACAGUGGGAAUUAUACGUGCAUAGCUUCCAACGUUGCGGGAUCUGAGCGGUUUACUGUACCUCUCACUGUUAAUGUACCACCUCGAUGGCGUCUCGAACCCAAUGACGUAGCAGUAGCGGCUGGGCAAGACGUUACUCUACAAUGUCAAGCCGAUGGCUACCCAAAGCCUAACAUAACUUGGAAAAAAGCUGUUGGGAAUACGCCUGGUGAAUACAAGGACUUCAUGUUUGAAGGAAGUUCUCGUGUUUUGGAGAACGGAUCACUGGUCUUCGAAAGAGUGGCAAAGGACAGCGAGGGACAUUACCUGUGCGAGGCUAGGAACGACAUAGGAGCAGGACUCAGCAAACUUAUAUUUCUGAAAGUUAAUGCACCAGCCAGGUUUCCUAUGAAAAGCAAAACAGUCCAAGUGACGGCAGGAGAGGCCGCUCACUUGCAGUGUGCUGCAUCAGGCGACGCGCCCCUAGAAGUCAGUUGGCGGAGUCCCCAUCACCACACUAUCGCUCAUCACUUGGACCAAAGAUAUACAAUCCGGGAACAAGUACUGGACGAUGGACUUGUGUCAGAGCUGAGUAUACUGCAGACAUAUCGGCAGGACACGGGCGCUCUAACAUGUCGCGCUUCUAACGCAUACGGGCAGGAUGAGAUGCUCAUUCAUCUCGUAGUACAAGAGGUCCCAGAAAUGCCAAAGAACAUAAGGAUAAUAGACCAACAAUCGAGGUCUAUACAAAUAUCUUGGACUCAACCAUACGCGGGAAACAGUCCAAUCAUCAACUACAUUGUUCAAUAUAAGGAAGCCCCAGAACCAUGGCCAACAACACCACAAAAGGUUAUAGUACCUGGCAGCGUCACAUCUGCCAGUGUACAAAACCUCCAACCUGCGACAUCUUAUCAUUUAAGAAUCAUCGCUGAAAACCGUCUGGGACAGAGCGAACCAAGUCAACUUGUACAAGUCACAACUACAGAAGAAGUGCCAAGCGGACCACCGUUGGACGUACGAGUCGAAGCCAAAAGUUCUACAGAAUUAAUAGUCAGUUGGGACCCACCACAACGGGACCUUUGGAAUGGAAACAUUUUGGGAUAUUAUGUGGGGUUUCAAGAACUAAACAGCAAUAGCACAGUUCUAAGCGCAAGUGGCCCAGGCGGUGCAUCGUAUACAGUAAGAACUGUGGAGGGUACAGGGGUAGCGCGAGCUCGGACGACGUUGUCAGGUCUACAGAAACACGCCGCGUAUGCCAUCGUGGUCCAAGCCUACAACAGCAGAGGGGCGGGACCCGCCUCGCCACCUACUACUGCUACUACUAUGGAAGAUGUACCCAGUUUACCUCCCGGGUCGCUACAAUGUACAGCAUUAAGUUCGCAAUCAGUUCGAGUAACCUGGGAACCCCCACCGAUGCGCGGGAGAAACGGAGUUUUACAAGGAUAUCGAGUUACCUAUGCUCCAGUCACCGAUUGGUAUGGGAGCGAGGAAGCAGUAACAAAGCAAAUAUCCGGAUUGCACACAACGCUAUCAGGACUCCGUCGAUACACUAACUAUUCUGUGACUGUGUGUGCGUUUACUGCUGCUGGCGAUGGUGUGAGGGCAGCUCCAGUUUACUGCCACACUGAGGAAGAUGUGCCAUCGGCACCGGCUGACAUAAAAGCGGUAGUCUCAUCACGAAACAAAAUUUUGGUAUCAUGGCUGCCGCCCGCAUCGCCCAAUGGUGUAUUAGUUGGCUAUACUCUGUACAUGAGUGUCAUUGAAGAUGGAAGAGAAGAAGGCACUCACAAACGCAUGUUGUCACCAAGCACUCUAUCGCACGAUACGGCUAGAUCUCCCCCACGAGCGACGCACCAAUUCUGGGUGUCAGCUUCUACGCGCCUUGGAGAAGGAGAUGCUACGAGAGUUGUUACUGUGCUUCCCUCUGACUCUGUACCAGCUAGAAUAACAUCAUUCAGUAGAAGCAUUGUAACACCAUGGAAAGAGAACAUUUCGUUAGCGUGCAACAAAGUUGGUGUUCCAACACCUUCUACGACUUGGAGUAUGAAUGGCGCACUUUUGGAAUCCACGCUUAGAAAAAAUGUCUCUAUCGAUGGUACUCUUAUUAUCAGCAUGACUCAAUACGCAGACAGUGGCAACUACACAUGCCUGGUGGAGAACGCACAUGGAAGAGACGAAGUUACGUAUGGUGUAGAGGUGAAAGUGCCGCCCCAACCUCCAGUUUUAGCGGUUGUUGAUUCAUACGCAGACUCCCUACAUUUGCAGUGGAGCGACCAGGGAGAUGGUGGCAGUCCUAUUUUAGGUUACGUAAUAAAUUACAAGCGCGAGCACGGAGACUGGGAGGAGCUGCAGGUAGAGGCGGGCACAUCGGAGCACGUGCUCCCCAACCUGUGGUGCGGGACCCGCUACCAGCUGUACAUUACUGCCUUCAACCGCAUCGGCACUGGGCUUCCCUGUGACAUUGUGCAUGCCUACACAAAAGGCACAGUGCCAGUAAAACCGAAACACUCGCAAAUGAUAACGCUCAACACUACAACGGUUACUGUGUGGCUGGACUCAUGGGGUGACGGCGGAUGUGGUAUUUUAUACUUCGUCAUCGAGUACCGCGAAAUCAGUCAAUCACAAUGGCGCCUCGUUUCAAACAGCGUGCAAGCUACGGAGCGCGUUUUCAGCGUGACAGGAUUAUCGCCCGCCACGCACUACCAGCUGAGGAUCACGGCUCACAAUAACGCGGGGCAUGCGCUGGCUCUAUACAACUUUACUACGCACUCGCUUAGUGGCAUGUUGGAAGGCGAAGUAUCUCCCGCAGUGCCAGCAGCUGGCACGAGAUCGUUCGGAGGCGCUCGUGUGUUAUUGCCUGCAGCGCUUUCUCUGCUUGUUCUAGCCGCGUUGGUAGCGAUUGUGCUUCUAGUACGGAGAAAUAAAGCAGGUCCAACGGAAACGACGCAACCAGAGAGCGGCGUCGGUGAAUCCCCGUCGGUAGCUCAGCUGCAGAACAAAGUCAAUCGCGAUCAGCAAUACCUAGCGACACGCGCUCAGCACCCAGCACCGCAGCAUCAUUACAAACAUGCUUCAAAUGAGUACAUUGAAGAUAUCUGCCCGUACGCCACGUUCCAGCUAACAAAGCCCAGCGCCUACAGUGAGAGCAGUUACAGUGGGAACGUCUACAGCGGGCCCUACCACUCCGUGCGUGGUUCCUUCGUCUAUCACGACCUCAAGCAAAACGAUAAAUAUAAAGGUAAAGAACCAGAAUAUACAAAAGUAAGAAGAAAAGGAAACAGACUCAGAGAUCCUCAUUCAGAAAGUCAAGAGUCGGACAACUUGGGCUCGACGGACUCGGAGGUGAAGAAGAUACUAACGCUGCACCUGCCCAUUACAGAGUACGAGGACGACGCUAGUGACGACGCAAGCGCGCCGCACUCGGACAGCGAGCCGGGCGCGAGGUUGCGCCCUGCACACCCUACCGCCUACCCGAGUGUAGAGCGGGAAGAGUCGUCAUCAUCGUCAGGCGACUCAGUGGGCGGAGUCGUGAGGAAGGCUUUCCCAUCGCGGAAGGGCAAAGCAGGCGCGCUCGGCAAGAGGCACGUGCGCUCCUCUAGCGGAUACAGCAGCCACAACGACGAGACCACAUUUAGUAUAUCGAACUACCCGUCGUACACCGAGCACAUCCACCCUCCGUCGCGGUUUUCAGACGACACCGAGUGCGAGGGGCACCCCCGGCGCAAGCGCGCGCACGCCCUCGCCUGCGACCCCAAGAUGACACGCGAAGCCUUCCAGAUUAACGUGUGAAACACCCUUUACUAAGGUAACCUCCCAUAUCACGACGACGUUCUAAUCUUAUAUCAAAACUUCGUAUUGGCAAAAAAGGGAAAAAUAAAAACACCUUGCCAUGACCCCUCAGACCAAUUAUUGUAUAGGACCUGCCUCGCUAGACUUUAAUUUUCUGAUCAACGAUCUGAUGCGAUUAUAAAAACUCUCUAUAGAAUCGAUGUUAAAUAGUUGUAAUCGUGUUCGUCGGUUAAAGAGCUCCGUAAAAAUACCUUUUUGUGUAAUUGAAUUGUGUAAAAAACGGUCAAAAACUUCUAGUUUAGUAUAAGAUAUAUACCAAAUCUAAGCUCGCUUUCCUCAGAAAAUGACAGACAAUUUUGUUCGUGACUGUGAGUGCGAUACAGAUCCUUCUAUAAUUGGUCUGAGCAUGACUCUGAAUACGAAGGAUAUCAUCAACUAAUAUUGCAAUUAAAAAAGUACUUGAGACUCCCUCAGGCAAGAUUUUUUUAUAUUUCUCAGGUCAUA